AUGACCAAACAACAUAUGGGAUUGGCACUCCCUAUUUUAAAGUGGUAUACAUUGAGUAAAUUGGGAGUUCGUAGUUUCGAGAUCACGACCUCAUGGAAUCCAGGGUUCAGCCACUGCUGUGUCGCUGACAGAGCGGUGGCCGAACUAGGGGACAGGUGGAUGGAAUUUCAAGGGAUCAAGAAUUGGGAAGGCUUGCUUGAUCCCCUUGAUGAUGAUCUCCGUAAGGAGAUCUUGAGGUACAGGGAAUUUGUCGAAGCAGCUUAUCGCUGCUUCAACUUUGACAUGUCAUCACCCACGUACGCCACGUGCCUUUAUCAUAAGAGUUCGAUGUUGAUAAAAUGUGGACUAGAAAAGAGUGGAUACGAGGUGAUCAAGAACUUGUACGCCACGUGUGCAACCCAAAUGCCGAGGUGGACUAAAAGGUUCUCGAACCUAGCAUCCCCACGAUCCAGCUGGAUUGGUUACCUGGCCAUCUGUGAUGACGUAGAAGAAAUCGCCAGGCUGGGGCGCCGCGACGUGGUGAUCGCUUAUCGAGGUACUGCCACCUCAUCAGAAUGGCUCGAGAAUUUACGCGCUAGGUUGACUUGCUUACCGGAUGACAUGGCGCCCAAAAAUUACGAACAACCAAUGGUACAAAGUGGAUUCUUGAGCUUGUACACAACAAACACCCAACGUGACCAAAGUUUGCAAGACACAAUUAGAGAACAAAUUGGCAACAUUCUUGAUAAAUAUAGUGAUGAACCUUUAAGUAUAACUGUGACAGGACAUAGUCUUGGUGCUGCCCUAGCAACAUUAACAGCAUAUGAUAUUACUAACAAAUUUAGUGAUGCACCUAUAGUAACUGUUGUAUCAUUUGGAGGGCCUAGAGUUGGCAACAAAAGUUUUCGAUGCCAAUUGGAGAAAAGUGGUACAAAUGUUCUCCGCAUUGUCAACUCCGAUGAUCCAAUCACAAAAGUUCCGGGAUUCGUGAUCGAUGACGAUAUCAAUGAUGAUGUGGUGGAAAGAGGGACUGCCCACGUGGCAGCCGGCGGGGGGAUGCCAAGCUGGCUACAAAAGCGCAUGGAGGAUACACAAUGGGUGUAUGCUGAGGUAGGGAAAGAACUAAGAUUAAGUAGUAAAGAUUUAUGUCCACAAAUUAGAAAGGGGGACGUCGCCACGUGUCACGAUCUGAAGACAUAUCUACACUUAGUAGAUAAUUUUGAGAAUGAC